UUUGAAGAUACAAUGCCUCCUGCGCCUCCAGGCAUUGCACCAGAAGUCCUGUUCAGAAUCGAGGCGCUUUUCCGAAAUCCAAACUUUUCUGGCAUCUCAGUGGCUAUGGAUGAACAAAAAUAUGAAGUCCCCGUAACGAAUUUCCCGAACGCCCUCGCAGAUAUCGUAUGUGAAGACCAGCCCAUACGGAAAGAAAGCAAUCCUUCAAUCAACAAAACAGAAGUGUUCAUGGAAUGCGAUCCGGAUACGGAGCAAGAAAAGGUAUCAAGAUUGAGCAAUCAACGGCAUCGAGUCAAGGGCAAGGGAGCACGAAAGAAGCACACCCGAAGCACAGCAAAGCAUGAUUGCUCCAUUCAGAGGAUAGUCGCACAUUUCGAAUACCCUUCAAAGACCAGUCUGACUCCCCUCCUGUCUACUCCCUGUUCACCGGAUGUGAUCAAGUCAACAGCCAAUUCUCUAUUCAGUAUCUUCUCAGCCUUUACGCAUUCCAUAUACUGCGUCUCCAAGUACUUAACACACCACCUUCCUUUUCCCUCCUCUCUGGUCCGACUCCUGGUGAACAAUUAUUUGAAUGUCGAUACCGAAUACAAAAUGGACACCGGAAUCGAAGUCGAACCAAAGAAAGUGGUUCGCGUUCUCGCAUUUGCAGCAGGAUAAGAGCAUGGAUAUAUUGGGUAUGUCGAGCCAUUGGAGACGCACGCGAGGUACGAGCGGGUAAGGGAGAUUAUGAGGGAGAUUGGGUAUCGAGUUGAUGAGGAUCUGUAUGGAAGACAGAUUAAGAAGGCGCUGGGGAAGCUGAAGGAAUAGGGGGUAGAGUCUUUUGGAGAGAGGUUGGAAGAGGGGAGGAUGUGUACGGGAUGAUCCAUUGAUGGCGGUGCGGAUCAGAAGGCUUUCUGUUACGUUCUUUGCGUGUUUCCACCGCCAUGCUUGCUAUAAGCAUGCCAGAUUACUUUGAAUCAAAUCUCCUCUACCAAAACUAGGGUACUGUGAUGUGAGGAUGAACACUACUAUGGAAAUGGAAAUCAAAUCAAG